CCAUUAAUCAUCAAAAAAGAAUCAUCAUCGUUCAAUCAACAUUAAACUUACAUAACCAAUCAAUCUUUCAGUUCAUCAUCGUUUUCUUCAGCAAUGGCUUCCACAACAUGCGGAAUUUCAUCCACCCCUCUCGUUUCAAACGUUGUAUCCAAACCUUCAACCAAAUCGGCCUGCUCCGCCUUCUUCCCACAUUCGCAAGCCCGUAACAGACUCCCAGUCGUCAGAGCUCAGGCCGGAAACGAUAGUAGCUCUGUCGAUGUUCAGAUCAGUAAAAGCCAAAACAAAGAUGGUGCUACCUCUCAACGUUCUAUAGAACGCCGACCGUUGUCAACCAUAUCCCCCUUUGGCUUGAUGGAUCCAUUGUCUCCUAUGAGAACAAUGCGGCAAAUGCUGGACACAAUCGACAGGAUGUUUGACGACUCAAUGGCACUGAGCCCAUCAGGGUGGAACAUUCGGUCGCCAUGGGACAUGCAAGAGGACGAGAACGAAAUCAAGAUGAGAUUUGAUGUUCCCGGGCUCGCAAAGGAGGAUCUAAAGGUGUUCGUGGAGGAUAAUAUGUUGGUUAUCAAGGGUGAGCAUAAGCAGCUGCAGCAGCAGGGUGAACAAAAACAUGAGGGAGGAGAUAAUGGCUCAUGGGGUGCACAGAGCUACAACUCAUACCAUACUCGGAUUAAUCUGCCUGAUAACUGUGAGAAAGAUAAGAUCAAAGCUGAUUUGAAAAAUGGUGUUCUUUUGAUCUCCAUUCCUAAGAUGAAAAUUGAGCGAAAGGUGAUUGAUGUAGAGAUACAGUAAUGAUUGUGUGGACUAGUCUUUAUAUCUCUAUAAAGAUCAAAGCUCGUUGUAAAUCCCUUUAGAAAUAAACUCGGUUGUAAAUUUUAUAUUUUAUCAAUGUUUUAAAAAAAACGGGAUGUUUUAAGUUUGGAAAAUUACAUCA